UCCCCUUACAGAAACCCUAACAGGCACAGCCAAACCCCUCUGCUCUAUUCUUCCUCCUCCAGCCGUGUGCAGAGUAUAGAAAGGUAGGCAGAAAGAUCAACGAUGGGGGAAAAGAGAAGGAAGAACAGAGGCGAAGCAGCAGACAGGUUCGAUAGAGAAAAUGAGAAUGGGGAAUACGAGAAUGAGCAGAGGAAGAAGCAGAAGAAGCAGAUUGAGAAUAAGGGGGAGAUACUGCCCUCGAUGAUAAAGAACAAGGAGAAGAGGUCGGAGGUGCACGCCAAGCUCAAGCAUCAGAAGAAGCUCGAUAAGCGCAAGAAAAUCAAGGCUCGCGACGCCGCCGAGAAGCGUGCUCUCGAGCUCGGGGAGGAGCCUCCGCCAAAGAGCGUUCCCCGUACGAUUGAAAACACCCGGGAAUUUGAUGAGACCGUGUGCAAGCCUGACGAUGAAGAGCUAUUUGCUGGAAAUGAUGCCGAUGAAUUUAGUGGAAUCUUAAAGCGUGAGCAUAUUCCAAAAGUUUUAAUCACCACUUGCCGUUUCAAUUCUACUAGGGGACCUGCUUUCAUAUCAGAGCUUCUUUCUGUGAUCCCAAAUGCACAUUACUACAAGAGAGGAACGUAUGACCUGAAAAAGAUUGUAGAAUACGCAAACAAGAAGGACUUCACUUCUAUUAUAGUUGUCCACACCAAUCGCCGGGAACCAGAUGCUCUCCUAAUAAUUGGCUUGCCUGAUGGACCAACUGCUCAUUUCAAGCUUUCAAAGCUUCUUUUACGCAAGGAUAUUAAGAAUCAUGGAAAUCCAACCAGUCACAAGCCUGAGCUUGUUCUGAAUAACUUCACAACACGCCUGGGUCAUCGUAUUGGAAGAUUAAUACAGACACUUUUCCCCCAAGAUCCCAAUUUUCGUGGUCGGCGAGUUGUCACAUUCCACAAUCAACGAGACUUUAUAUUCUUCCGGCAUCAUCGGUACAUUUUUGAAAGCAAAGAAAGUAAGCAGAAUGACGCUGAAAGUAAAAAGGCCAAGGAUGCAAAGGCUGAGAAAGCCUCUCAAGAAAAAGUUCUUGCCCGCCUUCAGGAGUGCGGCCCUCGUUUUACACUGAAGUUGAUCAGCCUGCAGAAUGGCACGUUUGAUACCAAAGGCGGGGAAUAUGAGUGGGUUCACAAGCCGGAAAUGGACACAAGCCGAAGGAGAUUUUUCUUGUGACUUGCUUUGGAAUACUUCUAUCAUGCUCCUUCAGAGUGGAAUAGAAGCAUUUUCAGGUGGAGGGGUGGUACGUGACAAGAGGUUGAAAGUUAUACUCGUCACUCUCAAUAUUCUGACUGACUCGCUUUUAUAUUUAAUGAUAAUUGAUACCUUUAGAUGAUCAGUUUUGGCCAUUUGUGUAUUUGGUAAUCAUUAAAAAAAUUUAUUUUACACA